CUCAGUUAGACUAGAUUACGGACGAUAUGAUAUGAAAGUCGUAUAAAAAGUUGACCUAGGUUCUGUUAAAUAAAUAAAUAAUAUCAGAUUAUUCAAUAAAAAUAACGUACAAAGUUACUGGAAGACAGACUACCGAAGAUGGAAUUCACGUUGAAUAUUUUCACACUUAACUGUUGGGGUAUUCCGGUAGUAUCUAAAAAUCGCAAAGAACGGAUUACUGCUAUUGUUGAUUAUCUAUUACAAAGCCCUCAUAACAUAGUAUGCUUACAAGAAGUUUGGAGUGAAAAAGACUACUUAUAUUUAAAAGAUAAACUGAAGAGUACACUUCCUUAUUCCCAUUACUUUUACAGUGGUGUCUUGGGUUCAGGGUUGUGUGUGUUCUCAAAAUGGGUGAUCCAGGAUGUUUUCUUCCACCAGUGGGCAUUGAACGGAUACAUCCAUAAAAUACACCACGGUGAUUGGUUCGGUGGCAAGGGUGUUGGCCUCUGCCGAAUCAGAUACAAUGACAAAUUGAUUAACGUUUAUUGCACUCAUCUGCAUGCAGAAUACCAUGAAGAUGACAUAUACCUGGCUCACAGAGUACUGCAGGCCUACUCUACUGCGGAGUUUGUAAAGCUGACGUCAUCCUGCGCUGAUGUCUGCAUCCUUGCUGGUGACCUCAACGCUGGGCCUGGAGAUUUGUCAUUCAGACUUAUAACGCAAAUACCGUCUUUACUGGAUCCUUUUGAUUUGAAGAGUGAGCAAAUAAAUCCAAUGAUAAGGAAGCCUUCAGGGACCAGCGACAACAUAAACAAUAGCUACUCAGACCCUAAGAUGGUGCGGAGUACUCCGGAAGGAAAGAGAAUAGAUCAUAUUCUAUUUCGCGCGGAUACUCCAUGGAAGGCAUCCGUUCUAAACUUCGGGAAUCCGUUAGAAGAUCGUGUACCAAACCAACCGUUUUCAUACUCGGACCACAACGCAGUCACUCUCGAAGUUCGUUUUUCUCGCUUAUCAGGCUCGCAAAUACAUCAAAGAGUCUACAGCAAAGACGAUUCUUGUUACGACUCCGUUAAAGAGGCCAUCAAAGUUUGUGAAGAGGCAACUGUAACAAUAUCAAAGUCAAAAACGUUGUACCUCACUGUGGGAGGAUUAUUGUUCAUGUUCUUAUUAGGAACCGUCGGGUUUUGGCCGCCGAACGUGUUGUAUGAUGUCACGAAACUUAUAAUUACCGCCUUAUGUCUGUACUGUCUCGUCAUGGGCAUACUGUGGAAUAAAAUUGAAAUGAAUAGUUUAAAAUCGGGUCGAACCGCUCUUGAAAACUUCAGUCGAAGUAGGUAUGACUUAAUAGCCGAGUAAAAUUCAAAUAUCAACUUAUAACUCCUUAAAAAAUCUGCUGACGCUUGAGGCCUUAAAUAUACAUUAUUUAAGUAUAAAUAAGUAUAUUAAUGUUACAUAUCUACUACUUUAUCAAAUAUAGACCAAUAAAAUAUCUUGACAUUCCAAUAUAUCGACAUAUUUUUUCACGUAAUUGAGAUUAUAUUUAAAUAAGUACAAUCCUCUUGUUCUAUAAGCUUAAGAAAUAGAAAAAUGUUCACUUUUAUGCAUAACAUACAUAAAGGUCUGAUUUGCUCAUAAAAUGUGAAAUUGAUUGUUGUGACCCUUUGUGACUAAUAUAUAAUUUAUAAAUAAUUGUAGUUAGAAAUAUAUCUGUUAAUAAACAUAUCUCAUUCUCUCGCCUGCAA